ACACUGUCAGUGCAGAGCCCAACACGGGGCUCGAACUCGCAGAUUGUGAGAUCAUUGACCUGAGCCAAAAUCCAGAGUCAUGCUUAACCAACUGAGUCACCCAGGUUGCCCAAAGCCAUGCAUGUUUUUAAACAGCUUUAUUGAAAUACAAAUCACAUACCAUAUAACUCACCCCUGUAAAGUGUUCAUUUCAGUGCUUUUUAGUAUAUUCAGACUUGUGCAACCAUCAGCACAAUCAAGUUUAGAAUAUUUUCAUCACCCAUUAGCAGUCACUCUAGCCCCCAGCUGUCUAGCUUCCCAGCUUUAGAUAACUGCUAUUCUGCCUUUCUAUCUCUAUAUAUUUGCCUAUUCCUGACAUAUAUGUCUUAAACAGACUCUCCACCUGGUCUUGAGUUCUGAGUUUGGAAAUGCUGGUGUUGAAUGGUCCUACCUCCAAGGCAGAAUGCUUGGGGUAAAUCAGUUUCCUAUCACCUUCAGAAGUGUAGCAAUACUGACAACACAGAGGUUAGGCUUCUCUAAUGUUUAUCAAGCAUUCUGAAAAUUUCAAAUACUUAGCACAAAGGGGACAAUGGAUGAGACUAGCUAGUGACAUCUCGGAGUGUCCUUCUGUGCAAGGUUUCUCAGUCCUGCAUUCUCUUCUUAUUUAACGUGGCCUCUAACGCCAGAGAAAUUCAUAACUGAGAAAAGCUCAUGUUCUCUUGAUUGAAUUAAUAAAUGCACAAUCAAAACCCACAUGAUUCUAAACCUUUUUUGAACUCUACCUUUUAAAAGUCUCUACCCCUCCCCAUUAGCUUUUAAUCAGAAUUCCAGUUCUGUACAAGUAACAGUUUCCCUUCUGUGUUUCCUCUCCCCUUCCUUCCUGUAACUAAUUGCCGUUAGUAUAAUAAUGAGCAGUGUGUAAGCCAAAAUUCUGGAAGUAAAGGGGAGAAAAAAGGACUUUCUCACAGGGAAAGUCCUCAGACUCUACACUCAAAGAUGGGGUUGAAUGCUGGCUCUGUUACUUGCUAACUGUAUGACCUUGAGUAAUUCAUUUCUGUGCCUCAGUUUCCUCUUCCUAAAAAUGGGAAUAAUAAAAACACCAAUGUCGUGGAGUUGUUCUGCUAAUUAAAUACAUCAGAGCAGUGAAAGUGCUUAGCACACCGGCUAGAAGAGCAAGAUCUCAGCCUUGGUUGGUGUUGCUAUUCUUCAUAUCAUGACCAGCAAGCCCGAGGGAGGCUCACUGGCCUUUUUGUAGAGAUCAGAAAAAUCAAGAAAGAGGUUAAAUAGCAAAGCAUUUCCACAUGCAUCAUCUCCUUCAAAGGCUAGAGGUCUUGCCCCUGUUUCACUCCACAGCAUUUAUGAUUAUGUGCAUAUCGUUCCCAGAGGAGGUUUGGAAGCUAUCCAGGCAAUGUGAUGUGUGUAGACCCUAAAGAGAAGGAAGUUCAGGGGACUUUCCGUCUUGGCAGAAGAGGAGCUUGGAAUGAGGGUAGGAAGGAGGUCAUUGGGGUCAAUGCUGCCUUAUUCCUUGCUGUCUACAGAAUUCCAGGGAGGCAGAACAGUGUGAUGGCUAACAGGGCAGCCCCAGCACCAGGCUGCCUAGGCCCGAAGCCUGCCUGUCAUGUCUCCCUUAGCUGUGCAGCGGGCUGGUACCGGCACCCACUUCACUGAGCCACCGUGAGGAUUCAGCGAGAGAGCAUGUGCGGAGGACAUACGGAGUGGUACAGAAUGAGCACUUAGUAUUAGCACAAGAUUCCUGCCCUCCACUAAAUGUGUCUGCCACGGUGUGAUGGGAGAACUUACCCAUUCUUUUGGGAGUCGUUUCCACCUGGAAGCCCCUUAGGCACUUGAAAGCGUGUUCAAAGCUGAACUCCUUUUUUUCCCAAAGCCUGCCCCUCCUCCGGUGUUUUCCCACUUCAAGGAAUGGCACCGCCUCAACCGGGCACUCCAACCAGAAUCCUGGGACUCGUUCCAGCCUCCUUCUCCCACCUUCUCCUGCACAUACAGUCUAAUCCUCCCGUCCCGCUAUUUUUGCCUGAGCUCGGGCCCUUAAAUUCUCUUCCCCGUCUAUGCGGUAGUCCCCUAACCCUUGUAGACACCGACCUCAGUCUGGCUCCAGUCAUCAAUCCAUUCUCCCUGAAGCUGCCACAGGUACCUUUCUGAAACACAAAGCCGAUAGUAUCUCCUCACCUUAAAACCCUGCCUUGACUCCCCAGUACCCCGGCAAACUCCGUCGCACAGCACAGCAGAUCCUUUGGGAUCUGGCCCUCGCUGCCUAUAGUGCCGCAUUGUCCCUUGCCCUCUCUCCCCUCCCAUCCCUCUGUCUAGCCCUUCCAAGCUAGUGACGGUUCCCAGAAUGCUAUGAUGAGCCUCCACGUCUUUGCUUUCACCGCUCUUUCUGCCUGGGAUGCUCAUUACCCAGUUCCCCACUCAUCUUCUGAGACUCUUCUUGAGAAUUCCUUCUCUUUGAAACCAUUCCUGGCCGCCACCCCCCCCCCCCAUAUAGCCUCGGCCAUUCUCUGCUCUCCUUACGUUAUCCACAUUCCGACUCUAGCACCUGUAAUAAUUUCUGAUGCCUAUUGGCAUGACAUGCUUUCCUGCGGGGCCAUAAAGCCAUUGGAGCAGAGCUCAAGUUUCACUCUUACCUCUUGUUCUAGCCCCUGGCCAGUGCCCCUGUCCCCAAUACAUGCCAGUGACCAAGCAAAUUAAGUCACCUGAACAAGCAUUUCAAAGAGCUGUGAGGAAUAGCAUUUAUAGCGACAAUUCUUGAGUGUUCACCAUCAAACAGUGUUUCCACGUAUUCUCCCCUUUAAUCCUCUAACGACACAUGGCAGAGGUACUACUGCUGGCAUUAUUAGUCCCAUUUUAUUGGGACGGAGAGAAGUUAAAUAACCUGCCCAGGGUCACAGAGCUGGGAAGUAGCAGGCUUCGGACUGGAACUCAGCUCUUUCUUACCCCAAAUCGACUUCUCUGUCUUGCCUCCACCUCUCGCACUUGAGGGAAAAUGAAAUCUUUACAGCUGUUCACAAAGCUCAGUUUCCAGAACCUCAUAGGAAGCGAGGAAAUCUGGCCCUGACAGGAGAGGAAGCCCCAGAGCCAUCCUCAAGGCAGGAGAGGCUCCCAGCUGGAGAGCUUAUUAUGACGAUAGAAGUUUGUGGCGUGCAGAUGGGUUUUGAAAAUAAUUUGGGGUUAAAGAGAAACAACAAAAUCACUAAAAAUGAUUUACAAUUUAUUACUUUCAAGUCUUCAUGUUUCAGGAAAAGCCAGCAGGGCUGGCGUAUUAAGUUCUCUUCCUAAUUCACCCUCCAAACUUCAUUUUGGCCUUGUGCGAUCUCUCUGCUGAAAGGGCAUUGUUUCGUGAUUUAUGAUACAAGGCAGGCCUGCCUGGCCAUUGCUUCAGCCAGUUACUGACAGCUGUAACAGUGGAGCCAGCCUGGAACAAGAGCCGCAAACACCGGGUGUGAACGUCACCAUGGCAGUUCGGCGUGAAAAUUCCCGGGGCCAUCACAUUUAGGCUUUCAGGGGGAAAAGCAAAUUGUUCAUCUGGAAUUUGAGAAGGAAACUCCACUUGCCAACGCCGCAUUCUGGGCAGCAAGGAGAGGAAACCUGGCUCUGCUCAGGCUGUUGUUGAACAGCGGUCGGGUGGAUGUGGACUGCAGGGACAGUCAUGGCACCACGCUCCUCAUGGUGGCCUCCUAUGCAGGCCACAUAGACUGUGUGAGGGAACUGGUUCUGCAAGGAGCAGACAUCAAUCUCCAGAGAGAGUCAGGUACAACUGCCCUGUUCUUUGCUGCCCAGCAAGGACAUAAUGAUGUCGUGAGAUUUCUCUUUGAAUUUGGAGCAUCUACUGAAUGUAGGACCAAAGAUGGGGGCACUGCCCUGUUGGCCGCCAGUCAGUAUGGGCACAUGCAGGUGGUUGAGACCCUGCUGAAGCACGGAGCCAAUAUCCACGACCAACUUUACGAUGGAGCCACUGCACUCUUCCUAGCUGCCCAGGGUGGUUACUUGGAUGUUAUUCGAUUACUGUUGUCUUCAGGAGCAAAAGUCAACCAGCCAAGGCAGGACGGGACGGCGCCGCUGUGGAUCGCAUCGCAGAUGGGCCAUAGCGAGGUGGUGAGGGUGAUGCUGCUGCGCGGAGCCGACCGGGACGCCGCCCGCAACGAUGGUACCACAGCAUUGCUAAAAGCAGCCAACAAAGGGUAUAACGAUGUUAUAAAGGAGUUGCUAAAAUUCUCACCCACCCUUGGCAUUCUGAAGAAUGGGACAUCGGCCCUCCACGCGGCAGUGCUCAGUGGGAAUAUUAAAACAGUUGCACUGCUCCUGGAAGCCGGAGCAGACCCAGCCCUGAGAAACAAGGCCAAUGAACUUCCGGCAGAACUAACCAAAAAUGAACGUAUCCUGCGUCUCCUCCGAAGUAAAGAAGGACACAGGAAGAGCUAACUUAGUUCCAUAUUUGACUGAAAGAUAGAAACCCUAAUCACAUUGUCCGAAAAGAAGUCGCUUUUCAAAUAGUGUUGGAAAUUCCAUUAAGAAAGGAAAUGCUCAGAAUGCCCGCCCUGGGUCCCUGACCAAGGAGAGCUGGGCUCUGUGCCCUGAGUCAAGAACAGAAAGGCUCAGGGACCCCUUGCCCUCACUUAUGUGGGCUUCUCACACUGGCCUGCGCCCCCACUGCUGUGGGGCCUGGCAGAUUCGUGGAUUCCACAGAAACUCGUUUUACACUACACUAAGUUGGGUCUCUCAGUUAAACUCUAAGACUUAAACCCUUGACAAGGUUUAAGCAAGAUGACAAAAGCCUUUAAAAUACUGAAAGUCUGAUCUUCAGUGAAUCAAAGCACUUUUACUUUUGCAUUAAAUGUCAGUGUGCAAAAAGACACAGCUCCCUCAUGUUUUACACAUACAUGUAUGUCAUGCCAGCGUAAAAUGUUUUCUUCUCCCCAAAGGUCGUAGCCACGUUUAUUCUGAAUCAAUGAAGUGUAAAUUCACAUUAAAAAGCCACUUCUGACAUUCCACCGUGUGAUUUUCAAAGGUGGACUGUUGAACUAUAAAAAAGACAAAUUGUUGAUUUGUGAGUUGAUCCUCGUCUUAUUCCAAACACGUAAAAAAUCAUUUUUACCAAGAAUCAAUAUUGAAGUACGGUGGGAAGCAAGUGGCAAUUUGGGAAACGCAGAAAAUUACAAGCCAUGGGAAAUUGAGGCUUGUCUCUUUGAGCUUUUAUUUUGGUUCUCUCGUUGGGAAUCCGCUUCCCAUGCCAUAACUAAGUAGACUUCCUAUGCUGUGCAGUCCUGAGCUCCCAGCACCACAUUGCUUGACACAAUGACUUUGAGGUCCUUGGAUGAAAUGUGAUAUAUGCAAGUACAAUACGUUGCUAUUAUAUUGUAGGAAUAUAAGUAAUAAAAGACUGUUAUUAGUAUUUAAUAGGUGUUCAUCUAUGCAUGUUCUUGAGCUGAUUGAUUCCAAGAAAGAGACCUGAGUUUUAUUGAAUUAUUCCUUGGAGGGGAAUCAAAAUUUAUGUACAGUGCACUUUAUAAUCAAUGGUGUCUAAAUGCCUCAGUCAGUGCCUAACUGCACACGCUAAAAUUAAACCGUCUUUCCAUAAUAAACCGUCUUUACCAUAAUAAACACUGAUGGUAUUUCUGGUA